AUGACAGAUCUUCUGUGUAUUCCUCAGAAACGUACAACAGAUGCUCGUCUGAAAGAUCAGCUGGCUAAUGCCAUUGAGUCCACGUCAUAUCAAACUGCUUCGUUCUUUGACGCUGAAUUGAAUAAAAUCGCCUACUUAAGAGAAAGUAUAUCUGACCCUGAACCUUCUAAGACAAAGCUACGAGAUUUACAAGAGUAUCUGCUGUGUUUAGAAGAGAUUUCCAAGAAAUUUCCCAAUGAUCAAAUUCAAUUUACUUGGUCCAAUCCAUUACUUCAAAAAUCAGAUGGUACAUCUGAAUAUUCCCUGAAAUUUGAAAGGCUGAACAUUUUCUACAAUAUUGGUUCACAGUAUUCCAUAUUAGCUCUGGAAUCCAAUGAUGGUUCAUCUCAAGCUCUCAAAACAAUGUGUCUAUAUUUUCAGUACAGUGCUGGAUGCUUCCAAUACAUUAUAAGGCAUCUUAACGAUUGUGAAGAGCCCGUUUUCGAUUUGAAUAGCGGUCAUGCUCUAGUGAAUAUCAUGUUGGCACAGGCUCAAGAAUGUUUUUGGUUUAAAGCUAUUCAGGAUGGACACAAGGAUUCUCUUAUUGCCAAAUUGGCAAAACAAGUUUCAGAAUACUACGAGGAGAGUUUAAAAUUUGGACGCAAAUCUCAAUUGAUUCGUAAUGAUUGGUGUUUGCAUUUGGAAUCUAAAGCUAACUACUUCACGGCCGUUACAUAUUUUAGAAAUGGGUUAUCACUAGGAGGGAAAAGAAAUUAUGGCGCUCAAAUCAAAUCUCUAGAAAUGGCUUUGGAAUAUUUGAGGAAGAGUGAUUUACCAUCAAGAGCUGAUUUUUCAGUGAAAAUCGAAGAAUCUCUCAAGGAAAUUCAAAGAGACAAUGAUUUUAUCUAUUUGCAGACGGUACCUUCAUAUAUCGAUCCUGUAAAACCGGCACCCAUGGUCAAUGCAUCGCCUGUGGAAGCAUUUAUACCAAAGGAUUCUACCCCCAUAUUCAAAGACUUGUUGCCUAUUGGUGUUUUGGAUGCAUGCUCUGCUUAUAAUGAGCGCCAAGAAGAGUAUGUGAAGCAAUACGUUGUCAAUCCGCUUUUGUCAUUGAAUAAGUUGCUUUAUGAAAGCUUACCCAAAUUUGAAUUACCUCCGAAUUUAAAGAAUAUUUCUGAGCACGAAUUGGAAUCUUAUGAACUAUCAUUAAAUGAUCUUAAAUUUAACAGUAAUAACAUCGAGGUGCAAAUUUCAGAGAUAGAUCAAAUUUUAAGACAAGAAUCAGAAACUGACUCUAAUUUAAGAUUGAAGUACGGAACCAUAAAUUGGGAUUCAGUUCCCUCUGCAAAUGUUAAUACUGCAUACUACGAAAAAUUACAAAAACUAAGAGAAUAUUUGAAUCAAGGAAGGAAAGUUGAUGAAGAAACAUUUUCACUGUUCCGUGUUAUAGACAAGAAACUAAUUACCUCACCAAUUAAAUUUCCUGAGAGUAACUCACCAUUAGUUAAACAAGUAGGUAAUGUUACGAGAUCAAGAGAAAAAUAUGCAAAGGAGGUGGAAUCUAAGUCUACAGAACAUAGAUUAUUGCCUCGGAUAAUAUCGGAGUAUAAGAGAACUGGCGAGACUGAAUUCGAAGCAUUGUUUUUGGACCAUUUGAAAUUUUUCGAUAUCGAUAUCAAGUAUGUGCAGCAUCAAAGGGAAGAAAAUAAAAGGCUUUUGAAUCAAUUACAGUCACAAGAGGAUGACAGUGGCACUAAAAGGCUAGAUCCAGCUGCAUUGUAUGUGGAGGAUUUACAAUAUUCGUUAAAACUUUUGGAAGAUGUUAAAGGGAACUUGGGGGAUGGCGCUAAUUUUUACCGAAGUCUUCAUAAAUCAGCAAAUGAGUUGUUAUAUGAAGUGCAAAAGUUUGAAAAUGCAAGGAGUUUAGAGAGAUCAUCCAUGGAAUCUAAAUUAAAUUCACAUUAA